GGAAUAUCCCUCUCCAGAGUGUCAGCAGCUGUAGUAAAGAAAGUCUCUCUCAUCACUGCAUCCCUUUGACUAAAGCCUGCAGUCAGUCUCUGAGUGCACAUCUCUCUCUCUCCUCUGCCUCUUUGUUUCCCGCGGAAAAGCUUGUGACUUCCGAGUGGAGAGGGACCGGGAGCAGCGGCAGCAUGAGCCGGGCAGCGCGUCCGGAGAGCCCCGCCGCUCGGUGCCCCGGCAGGAGGCAGGAGCAGCCGCACAGCCGGGCUGCAGUGGAGGAGCACCGAGUCGGCUCCGGGACCAGGGACAGCGGCGCAGGGUCGGCCCGCAGCAAGCGGCACCUGGAGGGGGUCCUGAAGAAGUACACCAACCCGCUGCAGGGCUGGCAGAGCAGAUAUUUUGUACUGGACCCAGAGGUUGGUCAGCUUCAAUAUUAUCUGAAUGAACUCAGUAAAAGCCAGCGACCUCCCAGAGGGUCUCUGCCUCUCCUUGGAGCAAUGGUGGUCUCCAGCGCCGACUUUCCCUACAUGUUUACUAUUCAAUCCACUACUGGGGAUUCCUACAAACUCAGAGCACUGGACGCCCAGGAGCAAGAGCUAUGGAUGACUCAGCUCCAGCUGUGUUCCCGACGCCACUCUGACAGCAGCGCCAAGGUGAUGAUCCAGGCUGAAGGGCAGCAGAAGAACCUGGUCAACUCUGUUGAGUCCCUGUCCCCCCGAGGUGGACCCCUCUCUUCUCUGGAUGAGGACCUUCUCCUUUUAAAGGCCACGUCUGCAGCCACUUUGAGCUGCCUGGGGGAGUGUCUCAGUAUGCUGCAGCACAAUGUUGUCCAGGCUCUCAACCAAAACCAGAACCAGAACCACACCCCUAGUCCCAGCCUCCCCCACAGCUCAGCUGGUCUGAAUCAGGCAGCUCCCACAGACAGAGUCCGGCCGUGGAGCCAGCGCUGCAGCUCCAGUGUGAACCAGAUGGAGCCUGGGGGCCUCCGGUCCAGCAGCCAGAGCCCGACUCACAGCUUCAGUGAGAGCCAGAGUCCCAAAGACAGCAGCUACAGUGGACGACCAGGAAGUGGCCACAACCACAUCCACAGUCAGAGUCAAGGCCGCGAACAUGCAGAUAGUUCCACUGGAUGGUCCAGAUCUCUUUCUGAGAAGCAGGUGAAAAAUGGUGCACAAACACCUCUCUCCUCCUCUUCCUGGCCUUCUUCCACUCAAACGCACAAGGAUCCUUUGGAGCAGGGACAGCAGCAGGGCCAAGCCAGCAGCCCAGAGAGCCUGGAUGACAGCGAAGAGACCACAGACACAGAGGACCAUGAGGAGGAGGACCUGGGAGUUCUGGAUGACCAGCGAAGCAUCAUGCUACACCUCCUGUCCCAGCUCAAACUGGGCAUGGACCUCACACGGGUGGUGCUCCCUACCUUCAUCCUGGAGAAGCGCUCCCUACUGGAGAUGUACGCCAACUUCAUGGCUCAUCCCGACAUGUUCCUCUCCAUCACCUCCGGCUGCACGCCAGAGGAGCGCAUUGUUCGCUUUGUGGAGUACUACCUGACAGCCUUCCAUGAGGGCCGCAAGGGUGCCGUGGCCAAGAAGCCCUACAACCCAAUCCUGGGGGAGCACUUCCACUGUUCCUGGUACGUGCCUCGGGACCGUGUCCGACCUCUCAGGAAUACCAACUGCCCUGGUCCCAACUCAGCCCCCACAGCCACUCCCGGGUCUCCACAGAGGGGGACGGAUAGUAGCAGCAGAAGAAACUCCGACUGCUAUCGCGUUCGGUUUGUGGCCGAGCAGGUGUCCCACCACCCCCCUGUGUCAGGCUUCUACUGCGAGUGCAAGGAGAAGAGGAUGUGUGUCAACACUCAUGUCUGGACCAAGAGCAAGUUCAUGGGCAUGUCUGUUGGAGUGUCCAUGGUUGGGGAAGGGGUGCUGUAUUUGUUGGAGCAUGAUGAGGAGUACGUGUUCACACUGCCCUGUGCCUACGCCCGCUCCAUCCUAACCGUGCCAUGGGUGGAACUUGGGGGAAAAGUCACCAUCAACUGUGCCAAGAGUGGGUACUCUGCCACUGUCACUUUCCACACCAAACCCUUCUACGGAGGAAAAGUGCACAGAGUAACAGCAGAGGUGCAGAACAACCAAACAGGAAACAUUGUGUGCAAGGCCCAGGGCGAGUGGAACGGCGUGCUGGAGUUCACCUACAGCAACGGGGAAAGCAAGGUGAUCGAUACGGCCAAGCAGCCAAUCAUCAAGAAGAAGAUCCAGCCUCUUGAGAAGCAGGGCCAGUACGAGUCACGGCGUCUUUGGCAGCAUGUAACGGCGUCGCUGAAGGCAGGAAACAUGGACGUGGCCACAGAACACAAACACUGCCUGGAAGAGAGGCAGCGCAGCGAGGGCAAACAGAGAGCAGCAACCAAAACACCCUGGAAACCCAAAUACUUUAUUAAAGAGGGUGGAGGCUGGGUGUACCACAACCCUCUGUGGAAAGCUCACUGACCAGGAAGCUUGGAAGCAGCUGUCCACUCCCAGACGAAAAGUAGGGCGAUGGAGGGCUGGCCGACUAAGAUAUGAGGAGAGAGAGAGAGAGAGAGAGAGAGAGAGAGAGAGAGAGAGAGAACGGAGAGAGAACAGAACAAGAGGUACCAAAGACUAGCAGAGGACGAUGGACAAACUUCUAGUCCUGUCCAAUCAGAAACACGUUGGUUCGGCAGUGAGGUGGGACUGAUCAAACACGGCUUCAGCCACUUUAGAGAUUACAUUAUUCAGACAGAAUGGGACUUUUUUUUCUGACAACAGAUCCAAACUAACCCCUGUAAACAGGUCCUGCCCCCUCUCACCGUUCAGUUGUCUGCACAAUGUACCAAACAACCGUGUUGAUCACAACAGUUUUGCACAAACCAAUGUACAAUAUAGGGUAAAAGCAUAAUGUGUGUGUGUGUGUGUGUGUGUGUGUGUGUGUGUGUGUGUGUGUGUGUGUGUGUGUGUGUGUGUGUGUGUGUGUGUGUGUGUGUGUGUGUGUGUGUGGACUCCAGAGCGAGCGAGCAGGGCAGAAUGUAGUCAGGGUAUAGUUGAAGCUGCAGCGCUCUGAUCUUCUCUGUAAUGGAUCUCAUGUAAACUUCAAACGAGGGAGAGAUGCUGUUUUAUCUGAAGUCGUACUCAUUAGGGGUAUUGUACAUACACUGAUCGGAUUAAGGUUUACUUUCACUGCUCUCACAUCUUAUAUAAAACCCUCCAAUCAACCAUUACGUUACUGUAGACAGCGGCUGGAAACUGGAACAUUGACUACGCCGCAGUGUGAUCCUGAAGUUAAAAAAAAGGAUCUAGCUUUAAUGGGUCGGUUCACCCAUGUUACUCACAUCCCUCUGGUGUUAGCUCUCCCCAUGCAGGUCGUUUUGUUUUUCUUUGUCCAGUUUUUUUUUUUUUUUUAUA